AUGGCCGUAUCACCUAUCAUUACAUUCAAUAUUCCUGAUACCGGAUUCUCCUUCCGGGUACGAUUACUCGUGGAGCAGAACCCCGAUGUCGCCCAGCAGGUCAUAUCCCAGCUACCUCUCAAGAGUGUGCUAGGCCACGUUGUGAUAGCUGGAGAGACUUUCUGGACCCCGUGUAGGAUUGUGCACUUGGGCGACAACAACAUGGUCCAGCGUCACCGGGGAGCGGUUUUCCUCAACUCCCUCGGCCAGUCCAUCUGCCUCAUCUACGGCAGAAUCACGGAGAGCGCCAAGAUCAACAAGUUUGGCGAGGUUCUGGAAGAGGACCUGCACAAGCUGGAGCCAAUAGGGAAACUCAUCUACCAGCAAACCGUUGCGCAGCCCCGCCGCACACUCAUGCAAGUGCAUAUCACGGGCGACUUUCCACUGCCGAAACCUUCUGAAAAUUAUCAAUUGCCAGCACCGGCGUGCUCGCCUGAGGGGCACUGGCGUGCGACCAAAAAGCUCAUUGAGAAGGAGAUUGAUCGGAUUUGGCUUGAUGAGCCGGAGGAGAUCCAGAAAAUCCGAUGGGGGGUGAUUGACAGUGGUGCUGGCACCGGCGAACAGUACUUCACGGUUCUCGUUCACCUGGAGGCCUUCCUCAUGGUGUUGGGUGGGGACUUAAUGGGCCGCUUUUUGAAAAUUGCUCAGGAUGAUGAUGUGCGACUGACGACCUUGAAUCGCAUCACGAAGGAAUUCCUUGUGGAGCGCUUUGACUUAUUCGAGUUCAUGGGGGACCUUGGUCUACCCAGUAUGCUUAAGAUCGGUGGAAUGUUUGCGACUGCUCUGGAUACACUCGAGUCCAAACAGGACUACAUCCAGCUGAUGGGAACGAUGCUCACCUACACCAACCGGUUGCAUCGCUGGUCUUACUUCAUUUUCCCAUGGCAUCUGGGAGUUGAGUUUCCCCACCGCAAGCCUAGAGAAAUACUGUCCAUCGCGGACCUUCUCAGACAAGGUUGUGGAAUCUAA